UUGGCGAGUACGCCAGGGCCGUCUGCCAUGACUGCACAGUGCAGCCGCUAUUUUGUUUGGUUGUGCAUUGUGGUUCUAACUCUGCCUGUUCCGUUCCUUGUGGUCUCCAACAUCUUCAACAACGUUGCGCGUCGUCGUUUCCAAGCGGGAACCUUGAGGCUAUCCUCCUCAGCAGAGUCCUCAGCAGAGUCCUCAGCAGAGUCCUCAGCAGAGUCCUCAGCAGGCGAUCCGCGUAUAGCAAUUUUCAUGACCACCGUCAUGAGUGAGAAGCACCUGCGUUUUUUCGAUUGCUGGGAAUUCGGUAUACCCCGUUUGCGCCUUUUGCAGAUGGCAGACUUGGUGCUGUAUACCACUCGAAAUUUGACGCUGGAGGAGCUGUCCCACUUCCGCCAGAUGCGCAGCAUCACGGUGAAACUCUUUGUGAACUCCGGGUUUCAAAGUGGAGCGAUCCAAGCGUUGAAAGAUGGUUUUGGGCACAAAGGAGUGGAAGAAAAAUGGUUCGACGAAUAUGAUUGGGUCAUCCGACUCAAUCCAGAUGUGUUGAUUCUCGAUGACACGUGGUUAUUGGAAACAAUGCGGAACUCAUCCAUCGACGGCAUCUUUCAAGAUUGCACAGUAUGCCUUUUGCACACCGACUUCUUUGCUGUGCGGCCGAGGGCAGUGAACAGCACUCUGGUGGACAAAUCUAAAAAUGGGAAUGCUGAGCUGCAUGCAACAAAAAGUUUCGAAAACAUCGUUCGCAGCAGGCGAUUCGUUUGGGUUAAAGGCGGAUUUCCGGAGCAUUAUGCGAUUUGCCGUAUUCAGGGAGGACGGUCGCCUGUAUUGCACCAUCAUCAGUUGGACCAAUUCUGCGCCAAAGGUGCGAACUAUUUUCAGCAUGGUUUCAAUUUGUCCAUGACUAUGGAACGGCAGCAACCUCUGGAGAAUCGAGAUUGCAAACCAGCGUUUAUUGACAAUGAUCGCGUGGGAAAAUGUGUUUAGUGACGGAGAGAUGGAACCGUGGUUGAAGGCAACUUGUACGCAGAGGCUUCUCGAAGUAGAACGUCGUAAGUAUUGGCAGAUGCUUUUUUAGGAUGUUUGGUUUCCUUUAUCACGGAAGCUAGCUUGCUAGCUGGAGUUCGCUUUGCUUUAGCAAAUGUAUUGGGGGCAGCUUCUGAGCAGAAUUGCCUCAUAUUUCAAACAGGGCCCCCCCGGUGAAUCGGUGAAAUAUCAGCGAAAAAGGGACCACCCCC